CGAAGCGAAGACAGUCCGAAGCGGAGACGCACAGGACAUCCGAACUUCGAGUUGGACCUCUCGACAAGUUUCACAUCGAGAUGGACGACCUGUCAACGUCGCAAUCGACAGAACCGAUAAUAUUCCGGUGUGUCAACUGCAUAACAGAUAUUCGCGGAAUUCGUUUCACGUGUAAACACAAUGAUUGCGAGGAGGUUCAUCUGUGUGGAGAAUGUUUCUGCAUGCACGCGGAACCCGGCAAGCACAAGAAAACGCAUCCGUAUGAUAUUUGGAACGAGGCGAGCUUCAAACUGUUCACAUGUCCAGAAGAAGAUCAAUGGUUUUGUAUAGACGAGCAUCGCUUGAUGCAGGCAAUGGAACGUUACGGCCAUGGGAAUUGGCCAGACGUUGCCGCGAUGGUUCCCGGCAAAACCGCCAAACAAGUGGAAGAGCACUACAACGAUUUCUACGUUGACGGGAACAUAGGAAACGUUUCAUGGAAAACCGGAGGGUACUGUUCCGAGCGGGCUAUAGUCAGGGACGUCGGCAUCCCGGAAUGUUCACCGAAGCAGACCGCGAGGAAUAUUCAGCUACUGACGAACCUCGAAGUCGCUGAAAUGAACUAUAUGCCAAGCAGAGACGAAUUUUAUAAAGAAUACGACAAUGAGGCAGAGGAAGAGAUCAGCCAGUUAGUCUUCCAAGACGGCGAAGACGACUUGGACCGGAGAAUGAAGUUAGCACUCAUCGAUGGAUGCCAACGGAGACUUCAGGAGCGAGCCCGACGAAAAAACGUGGCCUCCGAAUUCGGUCUACUCCAUGUCUUCCUCAAACACCGAGAUGCCUAUCCAGGCUGCGAGGGUGUCAGAUUGCACAAAGGAGAAACGCGUUUCCGAACUGAAAUCUGCUCGAACCUCAAGCUCUUCUUGCAAUACAUGACCUUCGACGAACUCAUCUCGUUCCUGCAAAACCUCACGAGUCAGAUCGAGCUCAAGGCUCGAAUACGGGAUUUGUGCCGAGCCCGGAAACACGGAGUCACCCGCUUGGACGCCAUGCCCCACUUUGAAAUCGCUAGACAACACCGGGAGAAGCACCUCCAAGGAAAAGAUCAGGAUGGAGUGGAGGGUGCGGAACUUGCGCCGGAGGAACUUCAAGUGCUCGAAAAGGACGUCGACGAAUAUCCGUCAUCUCGAGAGACCGAAAGCGGUAUAGGAAGCGGGUUCAAUUCAAACGACUCAACGGACACGCAUUUGGUUCGGGCAGAGUACGUUCGCUCCCGAAGCCUUCUGUGCUGCUAUGAAAGAAUGAAUUGAAUGGAAUGACGCCGAGCUGGUCGAGGACGAGAGAAAUCCAAAUCCGCUCGUUUAUCCCGUUUUACUAGCGAAAUAUUCUUCAGGGCGAAUCGCAGCACGACGAUGACGAGGAGGAGAUCUCACGAUUUGCUCAGUGAACAGGAGCGCCAGGUUGGUCCCUGUCGACAACGUAUCGAGCUCCGACGAUUGGGACAGUAGCGAGCCGCGGUCUCGACCCGAGUUUCAACGAUAUCCUCAUCCAUUCCAGUUGUGCGCCGAUCUCAGAAUAGAGCCCGCA